AAGAACUGUUAUUUUGAUUAAGUAUUAUGACAAGUUAAAGCAGGAAGUUUGGUUUCCAGAUGCAGCAAUCGGUGAGGUUGUUUUUAGGUCGGGAUGGUUUAAAAAGGUUGAAUUGUACGUCUGUUACUCGCUAUUCUAGUCGGAGCAAUUCGGAUACGUCGGACGCAUAUAAAGUAAUUAAACCCCGUAGAUCAGCAGAAGAAAUAGAUGACAGUCAGGUACCUAACUGGGAGCUACUAGCACCACGUGGUUAUCGCUUCUACCUUCCAGGUGGCCUGGGCCCUGCUUGGUAUGAUUCUACUUCCACUCCUUUGCCAUAUGGUGCAAUUGCUCAGACACCAGUAACUGACAGCAAGUUUGAUUUCACAGUAUAGCGGUGCCCAGUAUUACUGAGGAAAGAUGUGGAGGAACUGUUCACUGGAGUCAACUUUCGAGGCUUAGAACUUAGUGUUGUUACAUUAACAUACCACAGAGCUAAGAAACGUACUCUGGGAGGAAAUGUUACUGCAGAUCCUGAAGGAGAGAGGGAAACUGUUGUCAAAAGUUUUGUGGUUGUAGCCCAAGAAGUAUGUACUAAACUGAAGAUGGCAGGGUACUGGGCAGACUUUGUGAACCCUUUCUCAGGACGGCCAUAUUUUGGCACAGGUUUUGAACUGGGUGGAAUGCUGUAUCGUGUGGAUCCUCGCUUCCGCUGCCUGGGAUUCCGUGUUAUUGAUGCACCCACUGGGUGCAGUAUUCUUGCUCACUCUGCACAGGCACCACUUACAGGAAACCUAUUCACCACUGCCCCUUCGAGUGCGGAUCUGCUGACAGAGAUUUUAAACCAGUUUUCAUAGAUAAUAAAUUACCUUCAUAAAUUUGUUGUCUGAGUCUGUGAUGUAUCUUUAGGUUUGUUGUUAAAUAAACUAGAAUUUGGACAUUUAAAAAAAA